UUCGGACAUUGCUGUCUGAUUGAACAACAAACAGGGUUGAAAACAUGGCUGAGGAGACAGUGUUAGCGGACACGGGACUGGCACAACGUGUACUGAUGUUACUCGGUAUUCGUAGUCUCUUCUACAAUGUUUUCUGUUUCUUGGACAAGACAUUGAGGUCAUGGUGGAUCACUGGCUGGCUGCCCUCCUGGUGCCCGACAUCUCAGAGCCAGCUGAAGGAGGCUGAAGAGAAAAUGCUGCAGCAAACCACAAACAAGUUCUGCAGGCAGUUUGUCCACAUAUCUGAUGAAAACAAACUGUGGACAUUGAUAUUUAAGGGGUCAAUGGAAAAUAAGACCCCUCUGGUGCUGCUGCAUGGAUUUGGGGGCGGUGUGGGACUCUGGGCGCUGAACCUGGACUCCCUCUCUCAGCAGAGGCCCGUUUACGCAUUCGACCUGCUGGGCUUUGGUCAGAGCAGCAGACCUCACUUUAACACAGAUGCACAGGAGGCUGAGCUCCAGUUUGUGGAGUCCAUUGAACAGUGGAGGGAGAAACUGGGCCUGGAAAGUAUGAUUAUGUUAGGCCAUAACCUAGGAGGAUAUCUGGCUGCAUCCUACGCAAUCACAUACCCAAACAGAGUAAAGCACCUGAUUCUGGUGGAACCGUGGGGUUUUCCAGAGCGUCCUGACCCAGGAGACCAAGAUCGACCCAUUCCUGUCUGGAUUAAAGCUAUAGGGGCAAUGCUGAGCCCAUUCAACCCUCUCGCUGGUCUCAGGCUCGCUGGGCCUUUAGGUCCCACUCUUGUGCAGACUCUGAGACCGGACUUCAAAAAGAAAUUUGCAGCUGUGUUUAAUGACAACAGAGUGACAGAAUAUAUUUACCAUCUUAAUGUCCAAAGUCCAAGCGGUGAAACAGCCUUUAAAAACAUGACCAUUCCGUAUGGUUGGGCAAAGAGGCCCAUGCUGCAGAGAAUUGGCCUGAUUCACAGCGACAUCCCCAUUACGGUGAUCUAUGGCUCACGCUCCAGCAUAGAUGGCCACUCCGGCAAUUCAAUCAAAGAAAUGAGGCCAAACUCCUAUGUAGAGAUCAUUGCCAUACGAGGUGCAGGACACUAUGUGUAUGCUGACCAGCCAGAGGAUUUCAACCAGAAGAUACUUCAUAUCUGUGAAACAAUAAGCUGAAGAAUGAUGGUGAAGGUAUUUCCUGUCGGGAACUCUUCAAACACGGCUUUCCGCAGAACUGUGUAUCUCCACAUCAAGUUGGGCAUGUCAGAAGAUUUUCUUCGUGGCAUCCUAAUUUUGGACCUGAGAGUUUGAAAACCACUUGGUUUGAAAACCACAUGUUUGUUUUGCACCACUACUGAAUUUUUGUAAAACAUUUUUGUGCCAAACAGUAAGUUUGCACUGCAAAAAAAGGCUCAUCUUACUUAGUAUUUUUGUCUUGUUUCUAGUAGAUAAUCAAAAUUAUGUGAAAUAUUUAGUCUUGUUUCCCAAGGGAAAAAAAUCUAAAUUAAGUGACAAGAUUAUUUUUCUUACCCUACUGGCCGAUCAUUUUACUUAAAUUGCUUAAUUUAGAAUUUUUUACCCCCAGGAAACAAGAUUAAACAUCUUAUGUUAAUACUAUAUUAAUAGUUUUUUUUUUUUUUUAAGAUUAUGAGAUUAAAGUUGCAGUAUUUCGAGAAUAAAUGUGAAAUACUAUGAGAAUAAAGUCAAAAAUGUUUUGAGAAUAAAGUCAAAAUUGUGAGAAUUAAUUCGUAGGAAUUAUGAGAUUAAAGUUAUAAUAUUUUGAAAGUCUAUUCUAUCUUAUUGCCCAAAUGGUCCGGAUUGGGAACUCUGCAAGAAAUUCCAAAGUCUCAGCUUUCAAAUUCUGUUAGGGUUUAUAGCGAAAUAUAAACAAUAUGUCUGACAAUGAUGUGUUUUUCACGCUCUUUAAUGUGGUGUGACAGAUGGCUGUAUUCGCUUCAGUUUGAUUUAAGUCAGUCAUCUUUCCGAUAAUAAAAAUGAGACAUUUGUUUCAUUAAAUUAGGCUAUACUGAUUUUUUUUUUUUAUUCAUUCCUUCUUAUGUUUCUUCGCUUUUAUAUCUUUUUAUAAACUUGAAAUGAAGAGGAAAAACACAUUUAUAAUUUGUAUUUAGAGAUAAAACGACAGAAUUUGAAAACUGAGCUGUGUUUUAUUAAAAGCAACAAAGCACAAAAUUAUUACAAUUAGACGUUUUUGCGGAGCAGGUGGUGGAAUUUUCACAAAGAAAUAAUUUAAUGAAUUGAUUUACAUGAAUACAGCUAUUUGUCCAGCCACAUUAAAGAGCUUUAAAAACACGUUAUUGUAAGACACAUAGUUUGUAUUUCGCUAAAAAACUGAUUUUGAAAGCUGAGACUUUGUUUUAUGUUAAAAGUACCAAAAGCACAAAGCUUAUUGCUAUUGGGGGGCUGGCGCACUACAAAUAACAAAUGCAAUCGAAGACAUUAAAUAAUAUUUCCAAGCAUACUGUCUCUGCGAGUAUGACACAUGGUAUGAUUUCUGCUAAUAAUCCUACGUAUAUUCAACUUUAUUCUUGUAGUAUUUCAGCUUUAUUCUCAUAAUAUUGCGACUUUUUUCUUGUAAUUUUGACUUUAUUCCCAAAACAUUUCAGCUUCAUUCUCGAAACAUUAUGACUUUAUUCACAAACUAUUUUGAAUAUAUUCUUGUAGUAUUUCAGCUUUAUUCUCAUAAUAUUGUGACUUUUUUCUUGUAAUUUCGACUUUAUUCCCGAAACAUUUCGACUUCAUUCUAGAAAUAUUUCAACUUUAUUCACUAAAUAUUUUCGACUUCAUUCUAGAAACAUUUCAACUUUAUUCACUACUAAAUAUUUCGACUUUAUUCUCGAAACAUUUCAACUUUAUUCUCGAAACAUUUCGACUUUAUUCUCAAAACAUUUCGACUUCAUUCCCGAAACAUUUUGACUUUAUUCCCGAAACAUUUCGACUUCAUUCUUGUAGUAUUUCAGCUUUAUUCUCGUAAUAUUGCGACUUCAUUCUUGUAAUUUCGACUUUAUUCUCGUAGUAUUUCGACUUUAUUCUCGUAGUAUUUCGACUUUAUUGUCAUAAUUUUGACUUCAUUCUCGAAACAUUUCAACUUUAUUCUCUAAAUAUUUUGACUGUAUUCACAAAAUAUUUCAACUUUAUUCUCAUAAUAUUUCAACUUUAUUUUCAAAAUAUUCUGCUCUCGCAUUCUUAAAAUUUUUUGUUUGUUUUUACGUGACACUAAAAUGCCAUUGUAUCUAGCAAAUGCAUCUUGAUUUAAGAAUUUUUAUAUAUUUUGACUAAAAACAACACAAAAAUACGUAAGAUAAGCCUUAAAUUGCAGUGUGCAUGUCACAUGAUUAUGAUGAUAUAUUAAUGUGAAAAAAAUGAUAUUUUUUAUAAAAAAAUGUGUGAUUAGUGAUUAUUAGCUUUAUAGAAUAGAACUUAAUAUAUACAUAUAAUCCACAGACAAAAUUCUCUAAAUCAGAGCUAUUAGGCACUUUAAUGAAGCUAUCAUUAAAAAAAAAUCCCUUGUUAACUGUUUUUAGUAUUGAUAAUAUUUUUAUUCACUUUUUUAAACUAUCAUGAAUGUGUUUUAGAGCUUUUAAAGCUUUUUUUGUUUGUUUUCUACCUCAUGAAACUAUAAACUUGUUCGGAUCAGAAGGGAGACAGGUGGAGCAACAGAAAGCAUGUAUGUUCUCUGGCCAUGGAGUUCACUUGUAGUGCUUUACUUAAUGUAACCUGAACAGUUUCAUGUAAGAUUCCCGCAAAAUCUUUUUUAAGUGCCUCAGUUUCCAAAACAUCUAUAAUUUAG